CGCAGGGCGUUGCUUUAUCAUGACGUCUUUACGUCAAGGUUAGGCCCCGCCCCCUGCCUGUGAGCGGCCAGUAGCGGAAGUUCCGCUCCGUCGUGAACUGGGACAGCAAGCGCACCUCUUACAGUGUAUGUGUGGCAACAACAUGUCUGUGCCGCUGCUCGCCGAGGCCGUGACGGUGUCUGGGACGGAGAAGGAGACCGCGGCGGUGAUCUUCCUUCAUGGUUUGGGAGACUCAGGGCACGGGUGGGCAGACACUUUGACGGCGAUCCAGCUGCGUCACGUCAAGUUUAUCUGCCCCCACGCGCCUCCGAUCCCCGUCACUCUCAACAUGAAGUCCAUGAUGCCCGCGUGGUUCGACCUCAUGGGUCUGAGCCCCGACUCCCCAGAGGACGAGUCUGGAAUCAAGAAGGCAGCAGAAAACAUCAAGGCCAUAAUCGAACACGAGGCCAAAAACGGGAUCCCUCCAAACCGCAUAAUGCUCGGUGGCUUCUCUCAGGGUGGAGCCUUGUCCUUGUACACCGCCUUGACCUGCCAGCACCAGUUGGCCGGUGUUGUGGCCCUCAGCUGCUGGCUUCCACUUCACAGGAGUUUCCCAUCGGUGUCGAGCGGCAACAAGAACCUCCCCAUCCUGCAGUGCCACGGCGAGAUGGACGUCAUGAUCCCGGUGCAGUUUGGUGCCAUGACGGCAGAAAAACUCAAAAACAUAGUCAACCCUCAGAUGAUCACCUUCAAAACCUACCCAGGGCUCUCUCACUCCUCCUGUCCCCAGGAGAUGGCGGCUGUAAAGGAAUUUAUUGAGCAGCAUUUGCCCCGGAUCUGACCUCACCUCAUCCCCACUGUGACCCCCUGAGACACUGACCUCUCACCCCUGAUCUGCCAUUCUCCCACAGGAAACAGCCAUGAGCAGCACCCCCUCUUCCACAGACAUCCACAGACAACCAACACGCACAUGUUCACAUUUAAUCCCAACGAUUCGACACACACCGCUAAACAAACCUCCAGCCUGACAGUCCCGACUCCAGACCGGUCAAACACACUGAUUCGACGACGACAUUACCAAGUGCUCGCUCUCACAAGUCUUAGCCUUCGGAGGGAGAAACACUGAUUCAUAUGAUACAUUCCCUUUGGGUUUUAUUUAAACGACCUGUCUGUUGCCUCCAGUUUUUUUUUUUUAACUUUUACCUCAUUUUGCUUCCUUUUUUUAAUCCAUCGCUUCACAGCCACGACUUUCCCCAUUUCAUCGCUGUGUCAGUUUGUACAACAUUUAAUAGAGAACCAACAUUCAAACCGAGUCUGGUGAGCAGGUUAACACCCGCCUGCUGCCGUCUGUGAUCACGCUAACUGGUAAAAGCUCAGUCAGACCGGAUUUUGCUUCCCGUUAAUUCCCAGUUAUUUUGAUUCAGCUCCUGAAGUCCAGUGAGUUUGGGAGAAAAGAUGUCAUCGGCCUCUCGUUGAAUCUUUCUUCAUGGCUGCAGCACAGAAAGUUAGCGCAUGAACGGUGACGUUAAAGUGGCAGCAGACAACUUUUACCUCUCCUCCUCAGCAUUUCCAAGUGUCACAAAAGACUGGAGUGAUCUCUGUUUUCCGUUACAAUAAUAAAAGCAGAGGAAAACUCCUGGUUGUAUUUCUAAGUAGGGAUUUCUAACAACAGAGAUCGAAUGGUUGUAGGUCACCUUAAAAAACCCACAGUAAACCCUCCACGCCAGCCUUGUUAGCUUAAAUCAGUCAUAAAUAUAGAAAAAUCUGCAUGUUAACUCUAGAUUAGCUUAUAAAAAGCCACAGUUAGCCCUCCAUGCUAGCCUUGGUAGCCUCAAGCAAUCAUAAAUAUACAAAAUGCUAAAUGCUAUUUUCUGGAUAUUAACUAAGCUUUACCGGGUUAUUUUAUACUGAAAUGAUAACAGAUUGGCCUGAAUGUGUAUAUGUUGGCGUGAUAUUUGAAAAUAGGCAAAUAAGACGAGUUAGCUGCUGUUUUUAGAUGAUCCGCCAUUUUGGUUGUUGAGCUGUGACGUCAAAACUGAUAUUUACAAUGUUUCCGCUACACUUUUUGGACACAAAAUGCAACCACAGUGCCAAUUUAUUUGGAGCCGACUCAGAGUAAUCAUUGAGUAAAUGUGAUAUAAGUUAGUUGUGAAGACAUGGGUGUGGUCGCCUGUUCCAAAAAUAUUAAGAAUUUGUUCGGAUGAGAGCAUUUCAGUGGACCAGUAGACUUGGAGACUACAGCCCUAGUAGAAAUUUAUGCAUUUUCCUCUUAUUUCUGAGUAUUUGCUGAGAAAAAUAUCUUCAGUAAAUGAAACUCAAAUUACCAAAACUGGUUAAAAAUAAUCUAAAAUCGAUUGUUAUUCAGUUGUCAUCAUUUUGGUGCUGGUGAUUUUCCUUUGGUGCUGGCUAGAACCUCUUUGGGAGGCACCAAAAAUUCCUCUAUGCACAAAAAACCUGCAAUCUAAAUCUAAAUGGUGUCAUUAUUCUAUGGUCAAGAUAUCUUAAAGUCAACAUUUACUUCAUAAUGAUAAGUUAGAGCACAAAAAACUUGUCUGUUGCCACUUUGAGCAGCGAAAUGUUUAAUAACGCAAUAAAAUCUGGAUGUUUGUGGACAUACCAGUUUGUGUUUACAGUCUCUUCCUGUUUUAAGCUUCACCACACAAGCAACUGUUUGGUCUGACUGCAGCUCUGGUGUUUGAGCCCCACAGAUUGUGACUCAGGUGUAGUAAAAACAGAUACUUCCACUAAUUUAUCCAUCUCCCCAUGACGGCAAACUGCAGCCUGUCCGGGUCUCACUUCGCUAACGACAAGAAGAUCCUUUUACCGAAACAUCCACGCCUUUUCUUUUUACAACAAGUGUGAUAAAGUAUCUUGAAUUCUAUGAACAACAUCCAACUGAAAAUAAAAGAAAACUAAUCAAUCGA